AUGCUCAGAUACAUGCCGCUUAAACUCACGCUUGUCAAUGCUCUUAUGGGUCAUGUGAAAACGGGAGCUCUGAGUUUUUUACUUUUGCUGAAUGUUUUUGAUGUCUCUUUACUCUCAUUUACGAUGAUCUACACUGAGGCUCUUGUCACACUCUCCAUGGACAUUUACUAUCGUCAGUGGGCACAGCAAAGAUUGAUGAUGCUGAAGCAACGGCGAGGACAAUCACAUAAGAUAAACACAUUGUUUGGUGUAACAUGGGAUCAGAUAAUUCAGAAGAAAAUGGGUAUACCCGCAGGUCGGAAGGUCAACGCCAUACCCAUACUAACACGCAGGUUCAUGCAGACGCGAGCAGAAGUUCAUGUACUUAGAAGGUGCAACAUUGACAUCAAUUGCUUCUGGAGCAGCGGAGUGCAACUUGGAGGGGGUUUCUUUGACCUGUGGAAAGAUAGUAACUAA